AUGCAAGCCAGUGCUCUUAUAUCAAGGGCUAACAAUGCUAGCACAAACAAUUUUUCGAAUAGCAGUCGAAAAUUUUGGAAACUAGACUGGCAAACGCCCGUGAAGCCUAGAUCGAAUGCAACUGCAGUAAGCGAUAAGCCUGAUAACACUGACGGAAACGGCGAGGAAUUAUAUAAUUUUAAGUUCAAGACGUGGCUUCCUGCGGAUCAAGCGGCGUGGAUUGACCCGAGUGAGGACCCAGAUGAAAUCAUCGAUCUGUCGCUUUAUGACCGAACAAAAAUAGUGGAACAGUCUCCAGAAAAUAGCAGAAGCAGUGUUACGCCGAUAAAUGGCCACAAAACUGCAAACGGCCUCUCUGCUGACGACAUCAGAGGUGCUGUUGGUGGCCAGGAAACGCUGUCGGGAUUUAGUGCUACCCAAACCGAGGAAAACUCAAAGGAUACACCUAAAGAGCCUAGCCAAAAUGAGUUAACAGAGCAGACAACCCAAAAUGAGGAAGCUGCAAUUCAAGGAAAUGAGGAUCAAGAACAAGUAAAUCAAGGGGGAAGACAUCAGGAGCAAGCAGCUCAGGAUCAGGAAACUUUGAAGGCUGCUGAGCCACUGUCGGCACCAGAAGUUGAAUCGACCACUGAUAAUGGAUCAACUGCUCAGAAAACUGACGCUGAAGGAGACAUUAAACUGGACUAA